AUGACGCUGACCCAAGCUGAGAAGGCUGCCGUGACCACCAUCUGGGCAAAGGUGGCUGCCCAGAUUGAGGCCAUUGGGGCAGAAUCACUGGAGAGGCUUUUUGCCAGCUACCCUCAGACAAAAACCUACUUCCCUCACUUUGAUCUCAGCCAAGGCUCAGUUCAGCUUCGUGGUCAUGGCUCCAAGGUCCUGAAUGCCAUUGGGGAAGCUGUGAAGAACAUCGAUGACAUUAGAGGUGCUUUGGCCAAACUGAGCGAGCUGCAUGCUUACAUCCUUAGGGUGGACCCAGUGAACUUCAAGCUGCUUUCCCACUGUAUCCUGUGCUCCGUGGCUGCCCGCUAUCCCAGUGAUUUCACCCCAGAAGUUCAUGCUGCAUGGGACAAGUUCCUGUCCAGUGUUUCCUCUGUUCUGACUGAGAAGUACAGAUAA